UUCAUUCACUCAUCACCACAUGAAAUUUCUUCAUUCACAGUGGCGUGUGACAAACAGGACAUGAUGAGGAAAUGACCCUGUUGUGUUUUAUUUCCCAUCUACUACAGCUGUGCGACGAUGCAUCUGUUUUGCACCUGCGUCCUAUCUUAUUCCCUGCUGAUGGCGUCCCCCCAGGUGAGUGCCAGUGUGUCGAACAGCUUCAAAGACUGCAGCCAUUUUUUCUACAUGCAGACACCACCUGUGGGGAUGAAGGGAACCAGUCCCAGGAGGAUAUGCCAGAAGUAUGCAGACAAGCUGCGCUAUGCCACGUUGUAUGACAGCAGACGCCACCUCCCCCUCUACUCAGCCUAUAUCUUUAAGAAGUCUGAUGGGAAGAGGAGGAUGGACACACCAUGGAUGUAUGAGCCACAGUUGGUUUCCGAUGAUGAGAGUGGCAACAUGAGAGCACUUCCCCUCACUGAAGACACUCCCCCCCUGAUUGAGGACACCCAGGCCGUGUUGGAGGACUACACAGAUGCUGUAGAAUAUAGACGUGGUCCACUGAAUCCUGACCUGCACCAAUCAGAGCCCGAUGACAAAUCCUCCACAUAUACUCUGACCAAUGUCGUCCCAUUAAUCACACACUUCUUGGAUGCUUCAUGGAACCCAUAUUUGGAGAUCAUCCGCCGCCGCCUCAACAACUUCUGCCAUGGCAAAUCUUUCAUGGUGACAGGGGUGACUGUUUCUGGGGUGACCAUCCAGCGAGAUCACAGGGACCGUGUGGCAAUCCCAAAACACUUAUGGCUGGCUUACUGCUGCCCGCGGUUUGACCGUAACUCUCCAUAUGAGGUGAGGUUCAUGUUCCCUAGUUAUGGGGGCUAUGCACUGAAUGAACAGACUGACCACAGUGUGGUGGAAGUCCCUCUGAAGACUCUGGAGAGCUUCCUGAAGAGUCAGACAGACAUAGACAGCGACCUGAGUAUUUUCUACAAGGGCUGUGUGUCAGAAAACACCUUCAGGAAGAAGAGAGAACUGACCAGUGUUUCAGUAUGAUCGGACAUCUUGAACUGGAUACACAGUUUACGAUAAAGCUUAUAAUGAAAUGCAUGUAUAACCAUGACUAACUCAAAUAAACUUUAAGAGUUUCACGUGGAACAAAAUAAAUUGGACUUAUAUUAAGGAGGGAAUGAACCAUUCUGUGACUUACAUAACUCUUUAUUUUGCAGGUUAAAUGGUCUCUUUAAAUUGUAUGGGAGAAUGAGCCAUAGUACAGAUGACUAUAAGCACUGCUAAAGGACAUAAGGUGUAACUGCACGUUAACUGCACAUUAAUUUGCACACUAUAGUAUCACAUUUUUAGGGAUUUACAAGACUCUAAUUCUAAAAAAAAAAAAUCCAAAUUAACGCAGCAGAGCCUGGGCAACCUGACUUUACUGUCAAGUAUCAGCCACCUCCCAGAACUCCAGAUCCGACAUUUCCCAUCAUGCAACUUUAAUUUAUACAUUCAUGUUAUGUGUAUUUCAAAGAUGAGAAACUUCACAUUUAGGUUAUAUCAGAUUAUGCCUUAGUGUGAAAAACUGCCUAUACUGUAGGGCAGUGCUGAACAAAGAAGGCUUUAAUAUUUAGCAACAUUUAUAAGAAAACACUGUUUAUGAGAAAUAUCUCUAACACAGGUGGGGUAUAUACUGUGUGUGUGGAAAAAGGCAACGUGAUGUCACAGACAUAGAUGAAAUCAGCAUGACCUCUUAGCACCGCAUUAUGUGGUAGCGGCAAAGUUGGGUUUAGAUAUCAAUAUAAGUUUGUGUUUUUGGUUAACAUGACUGUGUGUGUUACAUACGGGGCGGCAUAGCUGGUUUAAGGCUGAAAAAAACUAUGUUAGGUUUAAAAAAAAGUAUGGAUGUAAGAAUGUCGUAAAGCGACGUAGCCCACAGUCUAUGUUGACUUUCAGUUUCACAUGAAACACAGACAGCAGUCUCUCAGGUAAAAGUCCUAUGCUUGUUUGAUGGAUGCACCACACUGAUGUUCUUCCUAUACAGACUUUCUUACUCUUUAUACGAUUUAUGGGGUCAUAGCAUUAAUCACUGCCCUCUGCAUGAUGUCGUUGAACCAGGGAAUGCUAGCAUGUAAUUUCAACACAUUACGUGCCACCACCAUGUAAUGCAGUGUUAAGAGGCCAGGGUCAUUUCAUGUGUUUCUGUGAGACCAGGUUGGAAAAAUGUGCUAAAACUCACAAAACCAUGCUUCACAAAAAGGCCAGAACCACAGCUCUGAAAACAUUUUUUAUUCAUCUUCAUCUUUUUCAUCUUUCAUCACAUUUCUUGAACCCAAUGAGUACCUCUGACACUCUGUGGAUCACCCUGAAGCAGGAGUUAUUUAGCAUUUAACAGGAUUAUCACCAAAUGAAAUAUACCAUGUUAGAAAACAUCUUUCGUUACCCUCAGUAGUCCACUAUACUCUUCACCUCUAUACAUGACAUUGGAUAUGUUUGGGUCCAUGGUUGUGAAUGGAUUACGAAUUAAUGAAAUUUAGAACAGCCUAUGGUUAUGUUUGUUGUCCAUCUAUUGAAAUUGUGAAAAAAAAAAUCCUGACAAUGUUUUAGAUUAAUAACAUGUUGGUAAAAAAAAACAUGAAUAAAAAAACAACAACUUUUGUUUUGUUUUUGCAUAAUGUGUUAAGAGUGCACUGUCUAUGGAGUCUCUAGUGUUCCAAACUAAAUUUCAUGUUAUCCUCUCUCAUGCCCUAAUAUGUAGCGAAAUCAUCUCACAUUUAAAACCCUGUCUUUGUUUUCAUAAGUAAUCUGUAAAAUUAUGGUCCACUGAUCAGUUUCUUCAGAUUUCUUUAUAAGUACACAUUGCAAAUCGUACUUUUUGGGGAGGAGUUCAUGUCAAAUUUGUUACCCAAAAGUUUAAAAAAAAAAAAAAAGCAGGCCAAAGGGACUUACGCAUUUGGAUAAGUUAACGACUGUCAGGGAGGAAGUUUAUCCCUCUGUGAGCAAUUUAACAGCUGCAUAUUGGCUUCACUGUUUGAGUAAGAUACACUGUUGCAGUUAA